CAGGACUUCCGCCAGAGCGCCACCCUUGGCCAGCGGCCCCGUCGAUUGGCUACUCCGGGGAAAGGCGUUAACCCCGCAUUGGUAGGAUGUCACGUGUGGGCUGAAAACAGGGGGAAACAGAAGGCGCCGGAGCCGUCGCCACCUUGGGGGGUUCCAGCGGGCGCGGAGGGGAUCAUGCCGUACGUUCUCAUCAGUACCCAGAUCCGCAUGGAAGUUGGGCCCACGAUGGUUGGGGAUGAGCACUCUGAUCCAAACUUGAUGCACUACUUAGGGGCCACCAAAAGAAACAUGCUGGGAAACCAUUUCUGGGAAUACUAUGUGCAUGAUGCUCCUCGGAUUGUCCUGGACAAGCUGGAGAAAUGCGGCUAUCGAGUGAUCAGCAUGACAGGAGUGGGGCAGACCCUCGUGUGGUGUCUUCACAAAGAAAGUAUAAACAACUCAGCUUUUCUGCCUGCCCAAGACACACUGUAAAUCAAUCACCUAGCAUAAGGCCUUAUACUAUCCACAUAUACAGUCAAUGUGUUGUUCAUUUUCAGGCAUUAUGAAGUACAGCCUAAUCAAAACUCUGUAUUAUGAACAUCGCCAGCACUACAAAGAUAAUUAGGGAAAAGUGGCCCAGUUUCAUUUCAGAGGUUGGAAAAAAGGUAUUUUUCAUUAUUAAUUUGAAAACCAGUCUGAACUGCCAGUGGUGAAGUGUUCUCUUAAUUUGUUGCUGUUGAGUAAUGGGAACCUGGCAUUAAAAUUAUGAUGUACGUACUUAAAAACCUUGGGAUAAAUUGUCGCAGAUAAAGAAAAUCCAUUAUAAGGUAGUUCUUACUUUGAUAAGGACAGGAAAAAUUUGCCACAGAACAAGUUGGUCACGAUUGAAUACAAUACGUAUUUUUAAAAGCUGAGGUAUUCUCAUUCAAAAUUUAAAUAAUAUGAGUCAAAUCCUAAGGUGGCAUAUGUGACUUUUUAACUAUAGCUGUGUAAAUUGCAAACUAGGGAUAGAAUAUAUUGUAAAUAUGUCAACAACAAUUUUGUAAUUGUACCAGUGAACUUUUCAUUGCUGGGAUUAAUUUGAACUGUGUAAACAGCAGCCAUUCCUAAACUAACCAGUAGAAUAAUAAAGAAUUCACAAAAACAGGCUUGGUGUUGUCCCUG